AAAAACGAACCCAUUUUCCAAAACAACCCUAUGUUGUCUAAAAAAUCUAAAAACUCUCCUAUAGCAUUUAUCACCGCCAAAAUUGUUAAAAAUUAAUUGUAGUGGAAGUCGAAGAUCUCAUCGCAUGGGAGACCGCAAGGAGAACAACACGCCAUGGCUAUCAGUUCCCCAGUUUGGUGACUGGGAUCAAAAGGGUGUAUUGCCAGACUACUCUCUGGAUUUCUCAAAAAUCAGAGAAAUGAGGAAACAAAACAAGCGGGAUGUGUCAAGGGCCAGUCUUGGAAAUGAAGAAGAGCUUAUCUCCUCAGCCACCACCACUACUACAGACAACAGCCACAGUGAUCAUCACCAUCACCAUCAAAACCACUCUCCAACUGUAAGGCUCCUUGACUUUCUUUCUUUUUUUUUUGUUGUUGUUGUUGGUGGUGGUAAAGGGUUGUUCUAGAUAGAAUUGAAUACA